AGAGCCGCUGAUUGGUCGCAGGCCGCCGUGACGUCGGCGGGCGCUGCAUUAAGGCGAGGGGGCUUCCAGAGCUCAGCCAACAGCCAGGAGCAGUGACCGAGCCGCAGGAGCUGGGGAGAGACACGCCGGGGCGGCGGUCUGGGCCAGGAGACCAGGGACAGAGGGACGCUUGUCCGGGGACAGCCAGCAACGAACCGCGGCCCGGGCAGCGACAGCGGCGGCCUGUGCGGAGCUGUUCCAGUCGCACAGAACUGUAGCCGCUGCACUAGGACGUUUUUUGAAAGCUCUCCAAUCUACUCCCCCUCCCCCCGACUCCUCCCGCUGCAAAAGGAAAAAAAAAAAAAGGAAGGAAGGAAAGAGGCUAGAAAGGAAACUCAGAUUUGCCACCACAACGAAAAAAGAGGGGAAAAGGAAAAGAAAAAGUCGAGCGACUGUGGGGUUGGAAGCAGGCAGCCGGAGCGUGGGCCGAGCGAUGCGGGGCUGCGCGCCCAGGCGGCCGCAAGUUGAGACUGGAGCCACGAUGCACGGCCAGGCGCGGUGAGGAGCCAGACCUUAUCACCUCCCUGAAGGAGUCCAGGCGCAGGGAGGGCCAUCCCGAGAACACGGAGGCCGCCAGGCAGGCCACGGGCCGAGGUGACGGGGCUAGGGCGGUGGGGAGCGAGCGAGCGCACCUGGCUGCGUACGCCCGGAGUUGUCCCUCUCCGUUCUCGAUCGACACAAACACUUCUCCAAAAGGGGGGAAACCUAAGCAACAACAACAAUCAACAACGAGAUCUUCCUCCCGCCCUCCCCUCCCUCCCUCCCGCCUCGGCCUGCCCCCUCCCCCUCCCCCAGGCCCACCGCGGGCGCCCAGCUUGUCCCGACCCGCUGCGCGAUGCCGGCAGUUUAGGAUCCAAAGCUUCUCUACUCGUUUUGUUCUUUUCUUUUAUAAAAAGAGGAGGGGAAAUCCCGGCGGCAGGCAGCCCGGCACACACACACACUCGCCCUCAUACCCCGACAAAAGCAGAUGCACUUUGACUUCUGACAGCUCUACCUCAAGCCGGAGAGAACUCAGCGGCGCUUUCCUCGCAACCCGAACUCGCCGCGUCGUCCUCUUCCUUCUUCGUCUCCGUUUUAUUUAUUUAUUUCCGUUCGCGUCGCCGUUCUCGGUGACCUUCAGUCCUCCGCGGGCUCUGGGCAGAAGAGUCGCUUUCUCGCCCGCCUGAGAGUCUUUUCCUCGCCCCAGGAGGUGCGGCGGCGCUGCCGUGCCCCGGGGCCCUGGGACUCCCGGGCUGCACACUCCACCAAGGCGCCCCCCACCCCCCAUCAGCCUCGUUUCCCACCUUCUGAUUUCCUGGUGCGGGUUUUGGCUUGCACCGCCGAGUGUGUCUCCUCUUUUUGGAGGGGCUGGGGAGCUCGUGCCGGUCGUCUUCGGGAAUCAUCCCCUCGGCUCUAUCUGCUCUUCUCCCUCCGGGCCUCACCUGACCAAACCAAAGACCAUGGUGCACUGUGCCGGCUGCAAAAGGCCCAUCUUGGACCGCUUCCUCUUGAACGUGCUGGACAGGGCCUGGCAUGUCAAGUGCGUCCAGUGCUGUGAAUGUAAAUGCAACCUGACCGAGAAGUGCUUCUCCCGGGAAGGCAAGCUCUACUGCAAGAACGACUUCUUCCGGUGUUUCGGUACCAAAUGCGCGGGCUGCGCGCAGGGCAUCUCCCCCAGCGACCUGGUGCGGAGAGCGCGGAGCAAAGUGUUUCACCUAAACUGCUUCACCUGCAUGAUGUGUAACAAGCAGCUCUCCACUGGCGAGGAGCUCUACAUCAUCGACGAGAACAAGUUCGUCUGCAAAGAGGAUUACCUAAGCAACAGCAGUGUCGCCAAAGAGAACAGCCUCCACUCGGCCACCACGGGCAGUGACCCCAGUUUGUCUCCAGACUCCCAAGACCCGUCGCAGGAUGACGCCAAGGACUCGGAGAGCGCUAACGUAUCGGACAAGGAAGGGGGCAGCAAUGAGAAUGACGACCAGAACCUGGGCGCCAAGCGGCGGGGGCCGCGCACGACCAUCAAAGCCAAGCAGCUGGAGACGCUGAAGGCCGCCUUCGCAGCUACGCCCAAGCCCACGCGCCACAUCCGCGAGCAGCUGGCUCAGGAGACUGGCCUCAACAUGCGCGUCAUCCAGGUCUGGUUCCAGAACCGUCGCUCCAAGGAACGGAGGAUGAAGCAGCUGAGCGCGCUGGGCGCCCGGCGCCACGCCUUCUUCCGCAGUCCGCGCCGGAUGCGGCCGCUCGUGGACCGCUUGGAGCCGGGCGAGCUGAUCCCCAACGGGCCCUUCUCCUUCUACGGAGAUUACCAGAGCGAGUACUACGGGCCCGGGGGCAACUACGACUUCUUCCCGCAAGGCCCGCCAUCCUCGCAGGCUCAGACGCCGGUGGACCUGCCCUUUGUCCCGUCAUCCGGGCCGUCCGGGACGCCCCUGGGCGGCCUGGAGCACCCGCUGCCCGGCCACCACCCAUCGAGCGAGGCGCAGCGGUUCACCGACAUCCUGGCGCAUCCCCCCGGGGACUCGCCCAGUCCGGAGCCCAGCCUACCGGGGCCUCUACACUCAAUGUCGGCUGAGGUCUUCGGGCCCAGCCCGCCUUUCUCGUCGCUGUCCGUCAAUGGCGGGGCGAGCUACGGGAACCACCUGUCUCACCCCCCUGAAAUGAACGAGGCGGCCGUGUGGUAGCGGGGUCUGGCACGGUCCGCAGAGUUCGUGGUUGUACAGAAAUGAACCUUUAUUUAAGACAAAUAGAAAAAAGAAAAAAAAAC